AUGCCUCCAAACUCAAAGAAAGGGAAGAAGAAGAGCAAGUCGAAGCAGCAUUCCAAGAAGAACCCUUCUUCGAUAAUGCAGGCGAAGCUGUACCAUGAAUCAGAGGAGUAUCCUAGUUCACGAAUAAUAAAAAGAGCACCGAACGGCGACGUUAUCGUGGAAUCUUUAGCAAACGAAGGAGCAGCCGAUGAGAUAAAUACAUCCGCGGGAGCCGUAGCGUCUCCUAUGGCGUUUACUCUGGAUUCACAUUGGGAAUCGUUGAGUGCUGAGGAGAAAAAGAGAAUACUGAGGAUUGAAAAAGACGAGGUAUUUGAUAUCAUUCGAAACUACCAGAACAGUCACAACUGUAACUGUUCAGUGUGCGGGCGUCGCCACAUGGCGAUGGAUCAAGAGAUGGAGCGCAUAUACAACACUUUGUAUGAUAUUGACAAAGAGCGAGAUCCCGAGAUCAACCCGGUGAAGUUCCAUCUCAGCAUCAUCAAGGAGCUGCAGACAUCCAAGUCGUUGGAACAGGAAGGGAGCGCACUGCCGGAUGCCGCGGGUCCCGCCAGCCGAGACGCUGGCGAAGCGGAAAAUGUGAGGGACGAUGUAGUGAAGUACUUUCUGUCGCCCAGCGCAGUGGGGUCGCUGAAAGAAGAAGUGAUGCAUGUGAAACAGAGUAAGCAGCAGCAGCAGCAACAGUUGCAUUAUAUGCAGGAAGAGAUGGUAGCAAACGGCGAAGUCUCUACGAGUGCCGGAGAACAUACAGCAGAAACAAAUGUUGUACGAUCGCCGUUGGAAGACAGAGAGUGCAUUGACGAGACUUUUGUUGAGAGUGACCAAGUGCCCGAUAUGGAGGCGGACGACGAGGGGUUGCAAGCGAAGUAUUUGAAAUUUGCCAAGACGUUUGUGUCGUCGCACCCGAAAAUAGCUCAAGAAUACGUGAACCGCAUGAUGAGGUACCCCGAUAUGCGCGCGUUGACUGACGACCUGAUGAACAAUAAUGGACAGGGAUUUGUUAAAGCUAUCGAGAACUUUGUGGCGCAAAAGCAGAAGCCGCUUUCAAAAGACUAUGCAGAUGGUUCACGAAAUCUUCCGACGGUUCUGAACUGUCAAGCUGAUGCAGGCAGUAUCAAUUUGCGAAAUCUAGGGGGCGCCAAAGAAUUUACAACGAUGCUGCACAAUGGACAGCCGUUAACUUCCGAGGAGUACGCGAAUUUGCAACGACAUGUGGCCGAUAGGAUGACAAACUCUUAUGACGCACAGAAGAAAGAGUUCAAGGAAGUUUCACAACUUGAGCGCGAACUAUUUACGAGGUUUAUGUUUGGCGAGGACCGAAAGAGGUUCGGGGACAUGAUAAUGCAAUCUUUUCGCGAAAAAUUUGAUGAUCAAUAUAGUACUGCCGCUAUAGGCGCUUCAUUGGCGGCUGCAGCUGUGACAACGGUUUCUCCAGUAGAGAUGCCUGGUCAUGAUGAAAUUAGCGAGGAGUAUGACAUGGAUUUCGCUGGCAACGAGGUUGACAAAGCAGAAUUCCACGACAACGAGUUUGAAGAGUCUUACGAUGAGUACUCAGACUACGACGGCGAUGAGGAUGAAGAAGACGAAAUUGGUGCUGAUGCGGACUUUAGAUCGCAGCUCGAUGAAGAAGAGGAUGAUUCCACCUCAAUUAAUGAUGCAAACCAUCAUACAUGCCCACAUGCUACGCAUGUUGAAGACCAUCAUGGAUGUUACGAGCACAAAGACAGUAUGCAAAGUGACUCUCACGGGCAUCACAAUGGCCAUUACCAUUCUCAUCAUGGUCAUGAGGACGAGUAUAAUGACGAAAAUGACGGGUACGAGAACAGCGUGGAUGAAGCCGAUCGUCUAGAAGAAGGUCGUAAACUGAUUCAAAUUGCUAUUACUAAGCUCUUACAGGGCAGGAUCAUGGAAUCGUAUCAUGAAAAACAGGCCGAAAAUAACAGAUUGAAACUACUUCAAGAGUUAGAAGCAGAAGAGGUGAAGAAAAAGGCUAAGGAAGAAAAGAAGCUCAAGAAAAGAGAGAAAGAGAAGGAGAAGAAGAAAGCUCAGCAACUGGCUAAGGAGGAGGAGAGGCGAAAAAGGGAAGAGGAGGCCGAAAUGAUGAAAAAGGAGGCCGAAGAACGAGAGAAACAACGAAGAGAAGCUCAGAGGCAGAAGGUUGAAGAGACGAAGCGUAAAAAGGACGAGGAACGGAGACGUAAGUUAGAAGAGCAGCGUAGGAGAGAAGAAGAGCAGGAGCGUCACAGAAAACUGAAAGAAGAGCAGAAACGUAAGCGGGAGGAGGAAAAGCGGUUAAAGGAGGAAGAGAAAAGGCGUCGGGAAGAGGAACGUCGGAAAAGAGAGGAAUUAAAAGCCCAAAAAGCGUUUGAACAGAAUGAAGAGGAAAAAAUGAGGAUCAAUAGCGCAAAGGAAAUCGGGCAACUGAAUAAUACACAAGAUGUAUUCUUAGAGCAGCCUUUGAAGGCACCUGAGAGGAACGCGUCUAGUUUUACUCCUAUUCAGUAUCCUAGUAUGUCACCUAACGUCCCCUAUGGAAAUUCUGAUACUUUGCCUCUUCACAGAUCAAGCAUCAAUGAUGAUAUAUUGGUCAGCUCAGCAACUGCAUCGAAGCCGGCACCUAACUCUGCAGGAAUCCACAAAUUGUUGGAAAUGAAUAAUAAGGUCCCGCAAGGAGCUAAUCAGGUAAUGCCCAACGAUGUUUCAAUGUUUUCAUCAUCGAACUUUAUGCAACCUAACACCGCUGGAGACGGACUAUCUUUUAACAAUAUUCCCUGUAUGUUGCCACCAGCUUCAAGCUCUCAGAAUUCGGUUUCUAAUGGCCUCGGUGGUCAACAUUUUGGCUUACCGUCCUGGAAUUCAUUUGGAAGUAAUUCCAGUUUGUUAAAGAGUUUCCAGACAAAUUCACUGGAUAUCCCUAGGGAGCAAUGUCAGCAUUCGGCCUCCUCAUAUGGUAUAAAUAACACACAACCCCCUGAUGAGGAAUAUUUGGCAAAGGAGAUGAACAAUAUCGCCAGUAUGCUUUCAUCUGCUGGCCUGGAUGAUUCUUCUUCGGUCCCCCGUACAGAUCUAUUCGGCCCGGAUGCCGUUUGGGGACCACGGAGGGACAUUGUCAAUAACGUGGCAGCUGGUAUUGCUCAUGGGCAUGUCAAUGAUAUGCGUCUCGGUUCAAAUCGUUCCUCUGUGCACCUUUCAACCUCCGAUAGCCCUGCCCUGCGAGGUUCGCAACAACAUAGCUCUAUUUGGGAUAAUGACAAUGACAGUUUGAUUCAAAGCAAUGGUGCCAAGACUACAAAUUUGACUACCAACGAAUCAGCUAAUUCAAACAAACUCUCAAGGAAUAUCUGGGGUCAUUCAAUUCAUUCAAGUGCAUCUUUUUUGGCUGAAGCCAACAAUCCCUCGAAUUUGCUGCUGUCUAACGUCAAAGCUGAAAACGAAAUGAUAAACAACGGACCGGACGCUGAAGAUGAAGCUUAUAUGGAUAGCAUCUACAGAGCCUAUUUGCCUUUGCGUCCUCCAGGUUCAAAGGACUUUGUGCUUACCAGCCUCAUCCAUCAGAACGGUCUCUGUCACAAUAUGAGCUAUGCCUCGUUUAUUAGCUAUUUGGUGAAAAUGCAUCAUAAUUACGGUUGCGAGCUGUUGACCGACGCGACAGGUUCAAUAACGCAUGCGAGAAUGGCAGGGCCAACAAGUGGCCCAAAGAACAAUCAGUCAAGGAAGCUCUCGAAAGAUGUUUCGAAUGGUGGGUUCUUCACCGAGGCCACGGGGCCUAUGGUGUCACCGCUCAGCGAUCGCCCAACUUCUGCUGUCACGACAGAAAAUGUUCCAAAUUUCAGCCGCCAGUUUUUCGGUGUAACGCAACCCGCUACUCACUCCUCGCUGGCAGGUAACAUAUGGGGUUGA